AAUGCAUUUGAAAGUAACGUUUACCGUGAAAUUUAAUCUCCAUCAACAGGGAUGAUCAGACUUCAGUUAAAAUGAGCUCCAACAGGCUUGAACAAACAUUUUUCUCCUCUUGCUUUGAGAGAAACAGUUUAGAUAUACAAUUAGCUAAAUGGGUUAGAGAAUGUGAAAAUGCUCCCAGUGGCAAUGCAAUUAUGGUGCAAUGCACGUUUUCCACUCUCCAAUUACGAUCAUAAAAUGCCAUUGCCAUCUACCGCUACCGCUCAUCUCAAUCUCAUAGCAUUAUGUAGAGAAGUUCAGUUGAAGGAGGCGCUGCACAUUCUGCUUGCCACACAAUCCCCUGGGGUGUUUCGUCUCUACACAUUUUCAAUUAUUGCAGACCUGCAUUCCCAAGAAUGCGCUUUUACAAGGGAACAAAUGUCCACUCUUCCAUUACUCACAGGCGAUUUGCAUUUGCUACACGCACAACUUUUCAGAAUAAGCUUAUUAACUUUUAUGUCAAAUGCGAGAGACUGGUUGAUGCUCAUAAAGUGUUAGACCACACGAGAGAACGAGACAGCAUCUCAUGGAAUACGAUCAUUGCGGCAUACCGAAGACAUGGAUAUCCUCGGGAGGCAGUCACACUGUUCCAUCAAAUGCAACGAACAGGUUUACAACCCGAUCAGUUCACAUUUGCUAGCGUACUCCCAGCCUGUGCUAAGAUGGGUGCUCUGGAACAGGGUAUGUGCAUCCAUAAAAGCAUAAAGGAUAGAGGAAUGUCGUCAGAUGUUGUAGUUGCAACUGCUCUGGUAGACAUGUAUGCAAAAUGUGGAAGCAUGCACAAGGCACGUGAACUGUUUGACAAAAUGCCUCAAAGAAAUGUGGUCUCAUGGAAUGCCAUGAUUGCAGGAUAUGCACAAAAUUUGUUUGUUGAAAAGGCCUUGGAAACUUUUAAGCAAAUGCAACUGGCGUGUGUAAAGCCAGACUCCACAACCUUUGCUAGUAUUCUCCCUGCCUGUGCUCAGAUGGGAGCUUUGGAACAUGGUACAGCCAUCCAUCAUAUAAUAAUUGAAAGUGGAUUUUUUUCAGAUAUUAUAGUUGGAAAUGCUCUAGCAGAUAUGUAUGCAAAAUGUGGAAGCAUAGACAAGGCACGUGAACUGUUUGACAAAAUGCCUGAAAAAGGUGUCGUCUCGUGGACCGCAAUGAUUGCAGGAUAUGCACAAAAUGGGUUUGUUGAAAAGGCUUUGGAAACUUUCAAGCAAAUGCAAUUGGCAGGUGUAAAGCCAAAUUGCACAACCUUUUCCAGCAUUCUUCCAGCCUGUGCCAAAAUGGGAGCUUUGGAACAGGGUAUGGACAUCCAUCAAAGUAUAACGGAAGGGGGUUUUUUGUCUGAUGUUGUAGUUGCAACUGCCUUAGUAGACAUGUAUGCAAAAUGCGGAAUCAUAGACAAGGCACAUCAACUGUUUGACAAAAUGCCUCAAAGAGAUGUCAUGUCAUGGAAUGCCAUGAUUGCAGGGUACACACAAAUUGGAUUUGUUGACAGGGCUGUAGAAACUUUCAAGCAAUUGCGAUUAGCAGGUGUAAAGCCAAAUUCCACAACCUUUGCCAGCAUCCUUCCAGCUUGUGCAAAAAUGGGGGCUUUGGAACAGGGUAUGGACAUCCAUCAAAGCAUAAUGGAAGGGGGUUUUUUGUCAGAUGUUGUAGUUGCAACUGCCCUUGUAGACAUGUAUGCAAAAUGUGGAAGCAUAGACAAGGCACGUGAGCUGUUUGACAGAAUUCCCCAGAAAGAUGUCAUGUCAUGGAAUGCCAUGAUUGCAGGAUAUGCACAGAAUGGAUUUUCCAAAGAUGCUCUCGAAAUCUUAGAAUUAAUGAAACACUCUGGAACAUAUCCUGACAUUGGAAGCUUUGCUUGUGUUCUAUUUGCGUGUAGCCAUGCAGGUUUAGUGGAUGAGGGCUGUACAUACUUCAAUCACAUGAUUAACCCUUAUUGCAUUACACCUACAGUUGACCAUUAUGUGUGCAUGGUUGACCUUCUUGCCCGUGCUGGCUACCUUGAGGACACUUUAAACUUUAUCAUUAAAAUGCCAGUUAAACCUGUGGUGGUUGUGUGGAAGUGUUUUCUUGGUGCCUGUAGAUCAAAUAUGAAUAUAGGCUUAGGAGUAUUUACAGCAAAUUUGCUUUUAGAUUUGGAUCCUAAAAGUGCUGCGACUUAUGUUCUUCUCUCAAACAUCUAUGCAGAAGUGGGCAGGUGGGGUGAGGCUCAAAUGGUAAGGAGAUUGAUGGAUGAGAGACGAAUUAAAAAGAUUCCUGGAUGUAGUUGGAUCGAAGGCAAUAAAAUGGUACAUUUUUUUUGUGUAGGAGAUGGUUCACACCCACAAGCACAGGAGAUUUAUUCAAAGUUGGAGAAAUUGGCUUAAGAGAUGAAGGCAUCGGGGUAUUCUUCAGAUUCAAUAUAUUCACUUAAUGAUGUGGAAGAGGAGGAAAAAUAAUUAUUUCUUUGCUACCAUAGUGAAAAGUUGGCAAUUGCAUUUGAUUUGUUUAACACACUCUCUAGAACAACUAUUAGAGUUGUUAAGAACCUUCGAAUAUGUGCUGAUUGCCACACUGCAACAAAAUUUAUCUCCAGAAUUGUUGCAAGAGAUUGUUGUUGGAGACGCAAACUGUUUCCAUUAUUUUAAACAGGGACAAUGUUCUUGCUGAGAUUAUUGGUGAUGCUAAAUGAAGCAAUCUGAAAAGCGGGCUUGCACUAUAAUAAUGCAGAGCGUGUCAGACAUGCAGUGAUAGUGAAGGGACAAGGAAAUCUGCAUAUUUAUGAAAUGAAAAGCUGGAAGAGGAGGUGGAGAAUACGGAAAAAGCAAAAGGUUGACCAUUUGAUAUUAAAUUACAGAUUCCAGAUUAGGUAUGUACUUUUUUUAGAUGAAAUUGGCAUUUAUAUUAAUUACAAAUUGUUCUUAAAUAUACUAUGUCAUAAAAAAAUGAUGGACAGAAAAGUCACUUUCCAAAGUUUAUGCAAGGUGAAGCCUUAAACUUCACAUCCAAAGAGAAAAAAUAAUGCUGCUAAGCAACGCACGCUAUUGAACUAGUUGCAGGAGGUGGAUUACAGUCAUCUGAUUUCCACGCAUCUGAUUCAUUUUGUCCAUUAUGAAUAACCUUUUGAUUAAUUUAUAAUUUCUCCAGAGAUUGAGUAGAGUCAA